CUGCGCACAACGUGUCUCGUGGCUUCCCGCGUUUUUCUGGAUUGUUCCGCCACCGGAAGAGAAGCAGCCGGCGCCCGUCCUGGAGGUGGGGGUGACUGCAGAACCCUGAGGGACCCGAGGCAGUGAUCUUUCCUCAUCCCUGCCCAACCAGACGUCGCUGUUCCGGGUUCAGACACUGGACCAGCAUGCCUACUCUGCGGCCCUCCUCCUCCCCAAGCAGUGUGUCCUCCCCGCUGCGGAGAGCAGCAGGUGGUGGACAGAGGGGCUUGUCUGCAUCCUCUAGUUCGUCUGUCAGUGUGCCCUAUGGUGAAAGGGACUCGGACCAUACUUCACAGGGGGAUAGUGAUUCUUUAUCAGCUGAUGAAGGCAGUGACUUUGAAGCUAGCCUGAGACGCAGUGUGAAGAAGAGAGCAGCAAAACGACCACUCAGAACAACCCCAGUGGCAAAACAUCCAAAGAAGGGGUCCCGAAUGGUACGUGGUCAUGGCCAGAAAGACUCAGAGCUACCAGCCAGUGAUCUCUUUGAUGCUGUGAAAGCUGCCAAAAGUGACAUGCAGUCUUUGGUGGAUGAGUGGCUGGAUAGCUACAAGCAAGACCAGGAUGCGGGAUUCCUGGAGCUCGUUAACUUUUUCAUCCGGUCUUGUGGAUGUAAAGGCAAUGUGACCCCCGAGAUGUUCAAGAAGAUGUCCAACUCAGAGAUCAUCCGGCACCUAACAGAACAGUUUAAUGAGGACUCAGGAGACUAUCCCCUGACAGCACCAGGUCCAUCCUGGAAGAAGUUCCAGGGCAGCUUCUGUGAAUUUGUGAAGACCUUGGUCUAUCAGUGCCAGUAUAGCCUUCUCUAUGAUGGCUUCCCUAUGGACAACCUCAUCUCCCUGCUCACUGGCCUCUCAGACUCCCAAGUCCGUGCCUUCCGUCACACUAGCACCCUGGCGGCCAUGAAGCUAAUGACCUCCCUGGUAAGAGUUGCCCUUCAGCUGAGUCUGCACAAAGACAAUAAUCAGCGACAGUUUGAGGCUGAACGAAAUAAGGGGCCAGGACAGAGAGCACCUGAGCGGCUGGAGAGCCUGUUGGAGAAACGCAAAGAACUCCAAGAGCAUCAAGAGGAGAUUGAGGGGAUGAUGAAUGCCCUUUUCAGGGGUGUCUUUGUGCAUCGGUACAGGGAUGUCCUUCCUGAGAUCCGUGCUAUCUGCAUCGAGGAGAUAGGGUCUUGGAUGCAAAGCUACAGCACAUCUUUCCUCACUGACAGCUAUUUGAAAUAUAUUGGCUGGACCCUGCAUGAUAAGCAUCGAGAAGUCCGUCUGAAGUGCCUGAAGGCUCUAAAAGGGCUGUACAGCAGCCGGGAUUUGACUGCCCGCCUGGAGCUCUUUACUAGCCGCUUCAAGGACCGGAUGGUUUCCAUGGUCAUGGACCGAGAGUAUGAUGUCGCAGUGGAGGCCGUCAAGUUACUAACACUUAUCCUGAAGAACAUGGAGGGGGUGCUAACAGAUGCAGACUGUGAGGGCAUCUACCCUGUUGUGUAUGCCUCUAACCGAGCCCUGGCGUCUGCUGCGGGGGAGUUUCUGUACUGGAAGCUCUUCUACUCUGAGUGUGAGACUAGAACAGUGGGUGGGAGACAGCGACGCCGAAGUCCACGCGCCCAGAGGACUUUUUUCCACCUUCUGCUGUCCUUCUUUGUGGAGAGUGAGCUCCAUAACCACGCUGCUUACUUAGUAGACAGCCUGUGGGACUGUGCAGGGUCUCAGCUGAAGGACUGGGAGAGUCUCACAAGUCUGCUGCUGGAGAAGGACCAGAGUGCGUGCCGUGUGAUAGCCGGAGGAGGGGACCUUUCACCUCCUAACUUGGGCGAUGUGCAGGAGAGCACGCUGAUAGAAAUCCUUGUGUCCAGCGUUCGGCAAGCCUCAGAGGGUCACCCACCUGUGGGGCGGAUUACUGGGAGGAAGGGCUUAACCCCAAAAGAACGGAAGAUCCAAGCCGAUGACAAGGUGAAGCUGACGGAGCACCUCAUCCCCCUGCUCCCCCAGCUCCUGGCCAAGUUCUCAGCUGAUGCGGAGAAGGUUGCUCCCCUGCUCCAGCUUCUCAACUACUUUGACCUCAACAUCUACUGCACUAGGCGCUUGGAGAAGCAUCUGGAGCUGUUCUUACAGCAGCUCCAGGAGGUGGUGGUGAAGCACGCAGAGCCCGCGGUGCUUGAGGCGGGUGCUCAUGCCCUCUAUCUGCUCUGUAAUCCUGAGUUCACGUUCUUCGGCCGGGUAGACUUUGCCCGCAGCCAACUGGUGGAUCUGUUGACUGACCGCUUCCAGCAGGAACUUGAGGAGCUGCUGCAGUCAUCCUUCCUAGACGAGGAUGAGGUGUACAGUCUGGCAGCCACUCUGAAGCGCCUCUCUGCCUUCUACAAUGCUCAUGAUCUGAGUCGCUGGGAGCUCUAUGAGCCAUGCUACCAGCUUCUCCAGAAGGCUGUGGACACAGGAGAGGUUCCUCACCAGGUGAUUCUGCCAGCCUUGACUCUUGUUUAUUUUUCCAUUCUCUGGACACUAACCCACCUUUCUGGAUCAGAUGCUUCCCAGAAGCAGCUGUUGAAUUUGAAGGGCAGGAUGGUGGCCUUCUGCGAACUCUGCCAGAGUUGCCUCUCAGAUGUGGAUUCGGACAUCCAGGAGCAGGCUUUUGUCUUAUUAAGUGAUCUACUUCUCAUCUUCAGCCCUCAGAUGAUCGUAGGGGGUCGUGAUUUCCUUAGACCCCUUGUCUUUUUUCCUGAGGCUACUCUCCAGUCUGAACUAGCCAGCUUCCUCAUGGACCACGUCUUCAUCCAGCCUGGAGAACUGGGCAGUGGUCAUUCCCAGGAGGAUCAUCUACAGAUAGAACAGCUGCACCAGCGGCGCCGCCUCCUGGCUGGGUUCUGCAAACUCUUGCUUUAUGGGGUCCUGGAGAUGGAUGCAGCCUCAGAUGUGUUCAAACACUACAACAAGUUCUACAAUGACUAUGGUGACAUUAUCAAGGAAACAUUAACUAGAGCAAGGCAGAUUGACCGGAGUCAUUGUUCCCGAAUCCUGCUGCUGAGCCUCAAGCAGUUGUACACAGAACUGCUGCAGGAACAGGGGCCCCAGGGCCUGAGUGAACUUCCAGCCUUCAGUGAGAUGAGGGACCUGGCCCGAAGGUUUGCCUUGAGCUUUGGACCCCAGCAGCUACAGAACCGGGACCUUGUGGUCACGCUACACAAGGAAGGCAUCAAAUUCUCCUUGUCUGAGCUUCCUCCAGCUGGCUCCUCUGGUCAGCCCCCGAACCUGGCUUUCCUGGAGCUCCUUUCCGAGUUUUCCCCCCGACUCUUCCAUCAGGACAAGCAGCUGCUGCGGUCCUACCUGGAAAAGUGUCUGCAGCGGGUCUCCCAGUCACCUGAUGGUCCCUGGGGUCCAGUCACCACCUACUGCCACUCCCUCAGCCCUGUGGAGAACACAGCAGAGGCCAGCUCCCAGAGCUACCCCCGCUCCAAGAAGAGGCGCACUGAAGGCCCCUCCAGGCGGCAGAAAGGGGAUGCCUCUUCAUCCCAGGAAGAAAGCCUGCAGCUGAACAGCAUCCCCCCCUCACCCACCCUCACCUCCACAGCCGUGAAGAGGGGGCAGCCCCUGAGGGGGUUGGAAGAAGUGGAGGAAGAAGGCAGCUCAGAACCGGAGCUUACCCAAGGCCAGCCCCUUUCAGGUAACCAGAGGUCAAGGUUCUCGAGUCCACGGCGCUUCCGGACUCUGCUCAACCCUUCAGGUCCUGGUUUGGGCACCCGGCUGACCCGCCUCAGCCUUAUGGAAGAGGAUGAAGAAGAGUUGGAAAGUCACAAUGAGUUAAGUGAAGAAUGGCAAGAUGCAGACAAGCACUCUUCCCCCAGCGAGCACGGGCUGGACCUCUUAGAUUCUACAGAGCUGAACUUUGAGGAUUUCUGACAGGACUCUGUGCGCCUCCCCACCUCCACUCGGAAAAGGCAAAACAGGAGAAGAGAGCAGAAGGAACCAUUACUUCCAGGCCCCACCCUGGUCUUUGAAGGGAAGGAGAGGUGGGCUGUGCCUUCCUAACCUAACCUAACCUUUCUCUGAUGAUGUUGGGCUGAGAAGCCUUAGGCCCCCUGUCCUUCCUAAUGCUCCCCGGCUCCGUCCCGGGGUUGAGUGCCUUUUUCCUGCUGUGUCUGGAGGGGGUCGGGGAGAGGCACUGCCUCCCUGUCUGAAUGGAAAGAGCCCAGUAGUUUGCUGUGUUUUUGGAAAGGCUUUCCCAGCCUCUUUUGUGCCCUAGCGAUUACCUCAAUAAACAUGUUUCAA